GCUGUGCUCCCGCCGCCGCCGUGCGCUGGCGUUGACUCCGGCCCGCGUCGUGCUUUCCCGCGUCCGCAGCCUCUCGGCGCUGUCGCCCAGACGCCGUGUCCCCGGCCCCGGCCCGGCGCGCCCGGAGCGGACAUGAGUGCGGCCGCGGCGCCGGCGCCCGAGCGGGGUUGGAAGAGCGAGAAAGUGGACGAGGCGCAGGCCCUAGCGCGGAGCUGCGCCGCCCGCAGACCCGACUUCCAGCCGUGCGACGGGCUGUCCAUCUGUGCCACGCACAGCCAUGGCAAGUGCUUCAAGCUGCACUGGUGCUGUCACCUAGGAUGGUGUCACUGCAAAUAUGUAUAUCAGCCCAUGACCCCCGUGGAGCAGCUCCCGAGCACCGAGAUCCCCGCAGGGCCCCUCGAACCCGCAAACACCAUUCAGAUCUCAGUGUCGCUCACCGAACACUUUCUGAAAUUCGCUUCUGUCUUCCAGCCUCCCCUUCCCCCUGACUCGCCAAGGUACUGCAUGAUCUCAGACCUCUUCAUUGACAACUACCAGGUGAAGUGCAUUAACGGGAAGAUGUGCUACGUGCAGAAGCAGCCGGCGCCGCACUCCCGCAAGACGAGCCCGGAGGUCUCUGCACACGAUGCCUUAAAUUCCGAAGCGAGCAAUACACCAAAAAUCGAUCAGUGCUCUUCCCCCUCCAGUUCUGAGGACUCUGGGAUCAAUGCGAUUGGAGCUCACUAUGUGGAGUCAUGUGAUGAGGACACGGAAGAAGGAGCAGAGCUGAGCUCAGAGGAGGACUACAGUCCAGAGAGCAGCUGGGAGCCAGACGAGUGCACCCUUCUUUCGCCAUCGCAGUCUGACCUGGAAGUGAUUGAAACCAUGGAAACCACGGUGUGAGUCCGGGGAGGAGCGGGCUCCAGUCCACGGCGAGCUUUUGUACUUUUGUCUGAUGGAUCCUUUUCCAAUGGUGUUUUCUACCCCUCUCUACCCACCAUAGCAGUUUGGUGGUCUGCUGAUUAGUGGCACUCUUAAAUUAGUCUUAUAACUCAGACCUUUUUAUUACCAGCAGUUUUCUUUUGUAUCUUGACUUACUUUCUGUGUAGCAUCUGGUGUCACGAAUUUCGACCCAGCCUUAAUUUCACUGGGAACUUUUGAAAGCAGCGAAGUGGUGAUCAGAGAGUAUCAUGGAUCAGAUACAGGAGCCACCCAGGGUAAACAUGACCCUAUUCCCCAAAUAGCCAGUCCUUUGCAGAAAGACUCUUGCGGCCCAGUCCUGCUAGCCCCAUGGGGGAGGCAGCUCACGGUCAGUGCCAUUCCUUCCCUUUCCCCUUCUCCCUCCCUCCUGUCCUGGGUCUAGACCAGAGGCGCCCCACUUCCUCUGGGAGCUUCCUGGAGGACAGUUCGGCUUCUGGUGAUGACCAGUGUCUGCGUAGCCCUCCAUACAGGGCUGAGCUAGACCUUCAUGUUUAGCGAGAGAACUCUUCAGUUCCGGGCUCACUUCAGCUGCAGCUGAGUGUCUGCACACUGCAGGAGGCUGUGGGGAUACAGAAGGUGUCAGACCUGAUUCCCACUGGCAGGGGCCCUCAAUCUGACACCUAGCGGUACCCACAGUGCCCUGGGAGCCCAGGGGAAGGACAGAUGGACUUGGCUUCGGCUGUGACAUUUGAGUUGGCCUCUCGGGUGGGUUCCUCAUUGUCCCUGCUUUUCUUAAUUGUUCUUCAAAUCUGAGGAAAUCUUUUAGGAAUUUCUGUAGGUAUUGUAUUUAGGAGGCAGCCACAUUUGACAUCUUAAAACAAUAGUUUUAGUUAGCAUGGAAAUGCUAAAAGACAAGUCCUAUAGGAAUUAGGAAUGAAUCUAAUAGGUUUGAUUAAUUCUGCUUCAUUUGGUUGUAUGAAGCAUUAGAAUGGCUUUAGGUGAGAAAUGGAUUAGAAUUCAGUAUGAUGCAUGGAUUUUUUAAUGCAAUGCACAAGCAGUUGAAAUAGUUCACUGCUAAGUCAGGAGAAAAUAUUUUGUGUAAUAACUUCACUAAUAUUCACGAUCCAUUGUAUAUGUUUUCUUUCAUAUGCAAAAAAUAGUGAAUAAUUUUUUAUUUCUUUCUCUUCAGAAUUUUACUCCUAAUCUCCAUUUAUACCAUGUUAGUUCGUUUCCUGCCAUUUCUCCAAAUCUUCUAUACAUGAGGCAUAGUUAAGAGUCUGGGAAGUUUUAAAUAUGGCCUGAUGAAACGAGAACCACCAAGUGGAAGAGAAACACUUCUUAGAUCCUAGCUCUCUGUCGGCACGUUCCUGUGGCACAUCUUGGGCUCUGUCAGCAUUGUGACACAUCUCUUCUGUGUCGCUGCAGGUUGUAGUUAGGAAAGCAGUGGAGGCUCGUGGCAUUCUUCCCUGAAGCCUCCCUUUGGUAUUCUUCAAACCACUCGAGGAAGAAGCCGCUUUCCUAGUUGUAUAUACAGCUGAAAUGUUGUUAGGUUAAGGUCCCCAAAGCAUGCAUAGGGUUUGCAAGGCAGAGUAUGUGUUUCCUUUGAAAACAGUUAAGAUUUUCUGUGCUAGACGAGACAGUAGCAUAAGGUUCCCACUUACUGAAAUUUAGACCCAAAAAGUCAAGCCAAGGUGGUGAUGAGAGGAGCCUCAGGGACGUGAGGCAGAGAGGGCAGAUGGACCCCCGUUUCCCUGCCGCCCUGGGCCUGGGCCUGUCUCAGGAGCCUCACCUGAGGCUCUUGUGCCGCCCUUGGGAGAGGGGCUGGAGGACGGCGGGCAGGGAAGCUGAGGCGCAGCCGCGUGGUCUUACAAGCUUGGGGCUGUCCCCGCAACCCUGUGUCCUGUCUAACCCUCCACUAGGCGGGCGUGGAGUCCCCAGGGCGGCUGCAGUGGGGUCUUCUCCACACCAUCCCCAAGGGUUUUCUAUUCUGGGCCCACACUCACACCUGUUAGACUAAGUAGAGUCAACAGUGGAGUCUUCAAGCCAUAGAAAUGCGAGUGCGUGCUUUGCGUUACCCUUGGGCCCUUCAGUAGUAAUAUUGGUGACUUUUGUCCGGGUUCCUGUUUUUUAACCUCUCGAACUGCCACUCAGAGUAGCCACAAUUUUAAUGGAAUUUUUGGAUUUAAUAAUGGUUGUAAUCACUUUAAAUAUUUGCACAAUCUCUUUACAAUUAAAACUCACUGAGCUUCACUUAAUAUUUUAUAGAAUUAGAGAUGUUCCAUAGGUUUCUAAAUAUUAGAAACUCCUGGAUCUCAAAACAGCCUUUUCUAAAUAAGCACAAGCAAGAAUUCCUUUUGUCCUAGCACUGUUAAUACUAAUAAUUCUCUGAAAUAUGAUUGAACUGGACUUGUUUAUGCUUCCAUUCUGAAAUGUACUAAGGAUAUAAAAGUGUGUACUUUCAACUUAAAUCCUAGGCCUAUUCUGUUCCAUAUAUAAAGGAAUUUCUCUAUAAUCCUGAUUAUAUUGCUAAUUUGCAUAAGCAUAUUUAUAGGCACUUUAGAAAUAGACUGCAGUGUGUACUAUAGACAUUAAGCACAGUCAUGUUAAUGGCUUUUGAUUAAUACCUGUACAGUGAGAUGCAAUAGCUUUAUCAUUUGGACCUAGAAUGCUCACUUGGAGCACAGGGCGGGCCGUGUGGAUAGAUGAACUGCUCUCUUGGGCGUUUGUGCAGACUGGCACUAUCCCCCCUUUAGAAAGUUGAUUCCUCCAACUGUGGAAUUUAGCUUUCUUUAUCUAACCAGGAUUUUAGAAUUUAAACUUGAAAAAUGCUUUUGUGAUUAUAACCAUUUAGUACAUUUAAGGCUUUAAUAUCAAAUCUAGGUAUUUUUUUACAUUAUAAUUUUAAGGUAUAAAUUUAAGGAAGUUUGAGGAAAUCUUAAAAAAAGUUGACUUGCAUUGCAAGGGAAUACACAAGACCAGAACAAAACCACAUAGUUGUUUCCUGACAUAUUUUGGAGUUGAAUCAUCUUGGAAAUGGUAGCUUUACUUCUUAACCUCUAUUUCCUGGUCUACGUGAAACAUGACAGGUUUAGGACUGAUAAUAACGAACUCCUCUUAUGCAAAUUUAAUACUCUGUUUGGGGAAGAAGAUGCAACCAGCUAGUUCAGAAAGCUGUCAGAAUACCCUGAUGAGUUUGGCACUGUAGAUACUACUAGGCAAGGAAAAGCACAAGUUGAACAAAGUAGUAUUUAUAGUUGGCUCUUGAUUAUUCCCGAUACAUCCUGUUUGCACCAUUUUCUUGUCCCAUUUUGGCUUUUCACUUGAGGAAAACAACUGAACCAUUUGUACCCCUUGCCCAGAGGUGGUGUGAACAGGAACUGGAAGGACCAUUUCUGCUUCAGGCUUGGGGCGUGUGUAUGUGCUGCUCUUCCCACCGAGGAGGGGAGAAGGCGGAUGAGCUGCGCGUUCCAGGUCUGUCAGCCUGUCUCAGGUCCAAACAUCAGUAAAAGGGCACUCAUUAAAAUUGAUUCACCAUUUGACAAUGCUGCCACCGCACCUUCUGGCAACUGUGGUGACCGACCGAGCUUGAGUCUGCACUGAGCCGUUUCCGGUGGAGCAGGGCUCUUCCCGCUCCUGGCUUCCAGCCCAUCACAGAGGGGUGAGUGCGGAGCUUCGGGAUCUUUGUGUUCACAGAUGCGGUGUGGAGCUGUUCAUACCAUGCAAUAUUCACUUACUGUGCUAUUUUUUAAAACUGUCUGUUAUAAAGUUUUAAGCACAAUGUCGACUCUUCUGUAAUUUCCUAAAAUUAUAUUGUUUUCCUAAGACAGCUCAACUUUCAUGUGUAAUACUUUAGGAAAAUAUUGCCGUGCAAAAUAAAUGUGAUUUUCUUUUGUAUCAGAACAAA